CUUGACGGCUAUGAAAACUGAAAACCAUGAGAGCACCAUUAGUUCCCUUUGUUUGACAUAUUUAUAUGCACAUUUAUCAGGUGUAUGAAUCUCUAUAGUUAUUCAUAGACUGGUAUUCACAUUCUGUAUUAUUUACUUCAUUAUUAUCUAGAGUGCUACCUGCAAAACACAAUUGUGUUUCCCUAGGAAUCGCUAGCACGUUUAUAACCAUGAAGCUGAGGCUUGUACGGCGUUUAUGCCUUAUAAUGAUAUGUACCGUUGUGGCACUUUAUGUUGUAAUGCAGUAUUACGCUGAACCAAGGGAAAAGAAUUUAGUCCAUCUACAGCGUAUAGUCAAAGAUUUUCGUGAAAUACCACAGAAUCCACUGUCGAUGCAUUGGCUUACAGAUCCGUCAAUUCUUAAGAAACGACCAGUGGAGAAUAUGAAACCUGAUCCAUCGUUGGUGAGAAACGAACAGGCCAUGAAGUCGAAAUUAACACUGAACAAUAAUGAUAAUGACAUCAGGGAUAAUGUUGUUAGUACGAGGGGGGAACAAGCGAAAUUAGAAACAUUUCAAGCUCCAACUUGUCAAAGAUAUGACAAGUUGACUGUGUGUAAUACAACAGUUCAGAUGGGUGAAGUUUAUAAUCAAUUAGCUUUUGAUAAUAAACCUGGCGGUGCUUGGACUCAAGGAUUUCCGAUUUCUUACAAUAUGGAUCAUUGGAAGGAUAGACCAUUAGAAGUAUUCAUUGUACCAUUCUCACACCAAGAUCCAGGAUGGCGUAAAACACUUGAAAACUAUUUUUACACUGAAACAAAACCAAAUCUUGAUGCUACACUAGACAUAUUAAGUGAGCAUAAAGAGGCAAGAUUUGUAUACUCAGAGAUAUCCUUUUUAAAUUUAUGGUUAGCUACCUUAUCAGAAGAACAAAAGCAAAAAUUUCAAAGGUUAUUAGUCAAUGGACAAUGGGAAAUUUCAUCCGGUGGAUGGGUUAUGCCCGAUGAAGCAGUUACAAAUUAUUAUUCAAUUAUUGAUCAGUUUAUAGAAGGACAUCAUUGGCUACUAGAACAUUUUGACUAUCGACCAAAUACAACCUGGUCUAUUGAUCCAUUUGGACAAAGUUCCACUAUGGCAUAUUUGGCUAAAAAAUUCGGUUUCUCUCAUAUGAUUAUCAAUCGUGUACAUUAUGAAGUGAAAAAGUAUUUAGCUCUGCAAAAAGCUUUAGAAUUCUAUUGGUAUCAAUUAUGGGAUUCAACUAAAUCUCAUGGUAUGCUUGCACACAUGUUUCCAUUCUUUUCCUAUGAUAUUCCGCAUACAUGUGGUCCAGAGCCUGCAAUAUGUUGCCAAUUUGAUUUUAUACGCAUGGAAAAGUAUAACUGUCCAUGGCAUAUUUCACCAGUUCGCAUAAAUAGUGGAAAUGUUGCUGCUCGAGCUGAACUAUUAGCUGAUCAAUAUAGAAAAAAGGCCACAUUAUACAAUAAUAACGGACUGGUAUUAAUUCCACUGGGUGAUGAUUUUCGUUAUAUAUCAAAGCAUGAAUGGAAUUUACAAUUAGAAAAUUAUAAUCAAUUAAUUCAGUAUAUUAACUCUAAUUCAAAUUAUAGAAUGAAGAUACGUUUUGCAACAAUAUCAGAUUAUUUUACAGUGUUAAGUGAACGAGUGAAUGAAGCUCACUCUUCAUUGCCUGCAUUCUUUCCAUCCUUGUCGGGUGAUUUUUUCACCUAUGCUGAUAGACAACAUGACUAUUGGAGUGGAUAUUACAAUUCACGUCCAUAUCAAAAGGCUUUAUCACGUUUAUUAGAAUCGGAAUUAAGAACUGCUGAAAUUCUCUAUACUUAUGCAAGACAAAGUGUUGGUCGUAAACAGAAUAUUGUUCAAUUAUUACCAUUGAUAUCCAGUCUAUACGAGAAUUUAACAACAGUUCGACGUAAUUUAGGGUUAUUUCAACAUCAUGAUGCCAUAACUGGUACUGCAAAACCUGAAGUUGUGCUGGAUUAUUCAAAUAAAUUAUUGAAAGCUGUUGGUGCAGUAAGAAAAGUGAUAACUCUGUCCAGUGUUUACUUAUUAUCCUUAUCAUCGAAAUUACUCAAUGAAGAAAUGUCGAAUCGUCUACCAAUCUCAAGUGAAUUAAAACAACAAUUAUUACAAUUAAAUGAUGAAUAUGAAAGAUUUAAUGAAAAUGAUUAUAAUAUUAAUAGUAAUAAUAAUCUGCCUAGUUUUCAUUCUCUUGAAGAUCAUUUACAUACUCAUGAAUUUCCACAACCAAUUUUAAUCAAUUUCUUAAUAACUAAUCCUGCAACUGAACACUCACGUCGUAUAUACCUUUUCAAUCCAUCAACUCGUAAUCGUACUACAAUCAUCAGUUUACAUGUCAACGGUCAUUAUAAAAAUUUUCAAGCAAAACAAAUCUAUUCAAACCGCUUGGAAUCAUCAACAAGUGAACAACAAUUGACAAUACAAUUACAGCAUACAGUAAUAAAAUAUCCAUCUAAACAACAUCAACAACAACAACAAGAACAAUCUAUAAGUUUGUUAUAUUUAAGUCCAGUGAAAUUGUUUCCAUUAUCAUUUUCGUGUAUUGAAUUAAAGCUGUUAUCUGAACCGACAAUGUUAUUAUCAUCAUCAUCAUCAUCAAGACCUAUUGAACCAGUGAAACCACAAUUAGUACCAGUUAUUGAAAGUGGACGAAUGCUGACCAGCAUAAAUUCUCAGCCUCUGAGCAUAGAAAAUACCUACAUUCAAUUGGAAUUCGAUCCUAAAACUGGCUACCUUCAAAAAAUGUUCAACAAGUUAACUCAACAGUCAAUGGAUAUUAAAAUCAAUUUUGUACAAUAUAAAACACCGAGUAAUUCUGAGUCGAACAGUGGACCAUAUUUAUUUAUUUCUGAUGGUAUUGCAAAUCCUAUGCCACAACCAAAAGCAUACAGUUAUAUCAAGGGAGAUCUAGUUGACACGGUUAUCGUCUAUACAAAAUUUGUUGAACACAUUGUCCGUCUGUAUAAGUCACCUGAUAUACAAUCACAAUUCACUGAAAUUGAAAAUAUUGUCAAUAUAAAAGUGGAUACACCUACAGAUAUUGAUUUAUUUAUGACAAUAGAAACUAACUUAGUGAAUGAAAAUCGUGUCUUCUAUACAGAUUCUAAUUGCUUCCAAUUUAUUGAACGAAAGUAUUAUGAUAAAAUUCCAUUACAAGGCAAUAUCUAUCCGAUAGCUUGUGGUGCGUAUAUUGAACAGCAAGAACAAACAUCACUGAUAAAGAAACGUCUGAAUAUAUUUACUAGUCAUUCAACUGGUAUAGUUAGUCCAAAAAUAGGUCAAUUAAAUGUAUGGCUUGAUCGUCGAUCAAGUAGAGAUGAUGCACGUGGUAUUGCAUCAAAUCUACACGGAGAUUGGAUUGUUCAAUCAAAAUUAUAUUUAUUUACAGAAGAAAUUAUCACUUCAUUAGACAAUGAAGCAUCGAAACAGACAACUAUACCAGGUUUAACGUUAUUCGCUCAACAAAUAUUGAAUUAUAUAAGUCAACCAGUGCAUAAAUUUCUGGUCAAUGAUCAUAAUUUAAACAAAUUACUCAGACAGGAGUAUAACUUAAUACCAAUAUCUGGUUUACAAUGUGAUUAUGAAUUAGUGACAAUGAAGACAUUCCAUAAUAGCAAAAUACCAAAAAGUUUUCAUGCUGCACCAAAUACACAAGUUGGUGUUAUUAUUCGACGUUAUCUACCAUUUUGUUAUGCAACUAAAUUACCGUUAAUUGAUUUUUAUACACAAUGUUUCGCUUCUCGUGCAGAAAAUGCUUUGAAUGUAAAAGAGUUCUUCAAUACUCUUCAAGUAUCUCAUGCAAUACAAACCAAUUUAACUCUGAUUCCACCUUCAUCAUCACCAUCACUAUCGGUGAAUAGUAAUGCCUAUCGAAUGGUAGAACUUAAUGAGAUUCAUGUCAAGCCUAUGGAAUUAGAAGCUUACUAUCUUAUUUAAAUGAUUCCUUUAUUGUUUUGUUUUUUCUCCUUCUUCUUCUACUUGUUCAUUUUUGCUUUAUCGUUGUUCCUCCCCCACAUGUUUUAAGAUAUCCCUAUUCAACUUCUUGAAUAACAGCAUCAGUUUUCCGGGUAUAUAUGCGGUGGGCUAUAUCUAUCGCAUAUAUGUUUACGUACGUAAGUACCUGUCUGAAGUUCAUCUCAAUGUGUGUGUUUAAUGUUCUUGUGUUUUUGCUUUCUUCUUCUGCGGCUUAUUCCCUGCCUGUGUAUUCAUUCAUUCAUUCACUAACUCGAAUGUGUACACAUACACCCACAGAUGUUUGCACAUUUCUCUGUCUCUAUGUGUACAAAUCAACACAGGUUUUAUCAUACAUACUUUUAUCUUGAUCUGCUUAUUUGCGGUUUUUAUUCACACUGUGAUAAUAUAUAUAUAUAUAUAGAUGUAUAAUACUUCUCCUCCUGUCCUUCUUUCAAAUAAUAAUGACUAUUCUCAGUCAUCAUCAAACCACACGAAACAAUCUCAUGUAAAGAGAAACUAACACACACAGAAACACACACCUUGUUAUAAUUUCAUGCUGUAUUCUGGAUCAUUUUGUUUUUAUGCUGACUAAUGUACACUGAGUGAGUGAGCGAGUGAGUCGCUGGGUGGAUAAGUGAAUGACAGAUGUUGUAUGUUACGUAAUAACACUAAUAAUAAGAAGAAUAAAGCAUAACUAGUCAUUCUAUAGAC